AUGGACGUCGCUUGUGACCUCAACCUUGGUUCAUAUGAGGAACGAGUGGAUUUGAUGGAUCAUCUUGAGCGCCAUUACCAGCCGCAUGUUUACGAAAGCAACAAUCUACUCCGAAAACUGUUGGUACCAGUUAUGAUAGCUGAGCAUACCAGACCAAAGAUGGACCAAUGGACAGAAAUGCAAAAUGUGUUGAAACAAAAGAAAAUUCUAGGAUAUCUCUCGUCUACAUUCUUCGCCAUCAUAGUGGCCGGAGUAUUCUGGCUGAACAGAAACUAG